AGCUGUUUCAUCCAUUGGUUCAAAUUCAAUUGAAAAAACACCAUCCUACAAAUCGAUGUGCAUUUGAGCCUCGAUUCACCUGAUUUGAUGACCCCUCUUCUCUGUUCUUCCUAAAGGGGUCGUCAGAAUUCAGUUUAUCAAUCAUUAGGAAAAAAAGGUUGAGAUUGUAGAGAGAAUUGAAGAUGUCGACGGAAAUGGCUAACACAGAUCCAGAGGGAAUCGAUGGUGUUCGUAUGACAUGGAACGCCUGGCCUCGCACAAAAGUUGAAGCAAGCAAGUGCGUCAUUCCAAUCGCCGCUUCGAUUUCUCCGAUCCGUCCUCAUCCACACAUACCCAACAAUCCUUACGCGCCUCUCCGAUGCAAGACCUGCUCCGCCGUUCUCAACCCUUUCUGCCGUGUCGACUUCUCGGCCCUGAUUUGGAUCUGCCCAUUCUGCUUUCAACGCAACCACUUCCCCCACCACUACUCCGGUAUUUCCGAAACCAAUGUCCCCGCAGAACUCUACCCCCAAUACACCACCGUCGAAUACGCCGUCCCCAAUCCUGACACCCGUCUUAACCCUCCUCAACCCGUCUACGUAUUCGUCCUCGACACGUGUAUGAUCGAGGAGGAAUUAAAGUAUGCCAAAUUGGCAUUACAACAAGCACUUGAAUUCAUACCGGAAAAUGCUUUGGUGGGUUUUGUUUCCUUCGGGACGCAGGUUCAGGUCCAUGAAUUGGGUUACGCUGAUAUCUCCAAGGUUUAUGUGUUUCAAGGCUCCAAAGAGAUGACUAGAGAGGAUGUACUGGAUCAACUAGGACUCCUCGCCGGUGUUGCCAAUGGCCGGAGAAUGGGUGGUGGGCCGGGUUUUCAAAAGGGGGUAGUACAAGGACAAGGGUUUCCAAAUUCAGGGGUUUCCAGGUUUUUGUUGCCUGCUUCCGAGGGCGCCUACAUCAUCCAUUCGCGAUUAGAAGAAUUGGAUGUCGAUUUAUGGCCUGUUGCACCUGGUAAUCGAUCGUUGAGAUGCACUGGUGUCGCAUUGAGUGUUGCAGCAGGUUUGAUUUGUGCUUGUUCGCCUGGUACUGGUGGUCGUAUAGUGGCUCUGGUUGGUGGGCCAUGCACAGAAGGCAAUGGUUCUAUUGUCUCACAAGAUUUAUCUGAUCCAGUUCGAUCACAUAAAGAUUUAGACAAAGAUUCAGCAUUAUACUUUAGAAAGGCAGUCAAUUUUUAUGAGGAACUUUCAAAGCAGAUGGUUAGCCAGGGUCAUGUUUUGGACCUUUUUGCUUCUGCACUAGAUCAGGUUGGGGUUGCGGAGAUGAAGGUUAUUAUUGAAAGAACUGGAGGCCUUGUUGUUCUAUCAGAAAGUUUUGGGAUUAUUGGACCUUGCACAUCCCUUGAGAAGAAAGGACCUGCUGUUGCAAGCACAACAAUUGGUCAAGGGAACACUAAUGCAUGGAAGUUAUGUGGACUUGAUAACGACACAUGUUUGACUGUUUUAUUUGACAUUUCUUCAAGUGAUAAACCAGAUCAUUCAGGAAACUUAAAUCCACAAUUGUAUAUACAAACACUUACAAGCUACCAAAGUAUUGAUGGACAAUCAAAGCUACGAGUUACUACCAUUACUAGAAGAUGGAUAGAGGGUUCAGCAGUUUCAGAGGAAUUAAUGCAAGGUUUUGAUCAAGAGACUGCUGCUGUAGUAAUGGCUAGAUUAACUUCUUAUAAAAUGGAAACAGAGGAAACAUUCGAUGCAACAAGGUGGUUAGAUAGAAAUCUGAUUCGUUUGUGUUCUAGAUUUGGCGACUACAGAAAAGAUGAUCCGACUUCAUUUUCCUUAAACCCUAAUUUUUCUUUGUUCCCUCAAUUUAUGUUCAAUCUCAGGAGAUCUCCAUUCGUACAGGUGUUUAAUAACAGUCCAGAUGAGACAGCUUAUUUCCGCAUGAUGCUAAAUCGGGAAAGCAUAACAAAUGCGACAGUGAUGAUCCAACCUUCUUUGAUCUCGUAUUCAUUCAAUUCGUUGCCUUCACCUGCUUUGCUUGAUGUGGCAUCCAUUUCAGCUGAUCGAAUCCUUUUGUUAGAUUCGUAUUUCAGUGUUGUUAUUUUCCAUGGAAUCACUGUUGCUCAAUGGAGGAACAUGGGCUAUCAAAAUCAACCAGAACACCAGGCAUUUUCACAAUUAUUACAAGCUCCACGUGAUGAUGCUGAAUUGAUAAUACGUGAUCGAUUUCCUGUCCCACGAUUGGUGGUGUGUGAUCAACAUGGUUCUCAGGCACGAUUCUUAUUGGCCAAGUUGAACCCUUCAGCAACUUACAAUAGUGAAGUGGGUGCUGGAAUGGAUGUUAUCUUCACUGAUGAUGUAAAUCUUCAAGUAUUCCUUGAACAUCUACAAAGGCUAGCAGUUCAAUCUUCUUAGAUACAUACCACUUUAAAUAGCACUUGAUAGAGUUACAAACUUUUCUUAUUUCAUCAAAGUUUUGCAGCAUAAUCUAGAAAUGAUUAUUUGCACAAAAACGUGUGAUUGAUCAAACCACAGUUUGCGAAUUUGAUGUAGUUUGCUUCGUUUAAAUCAAAUGGGGUCAUGAAAGUAAGAUGAGACAUGUAAAUUUGAAGGUUGAUGGAUUAUAUGAGGCAACAAUCUACUAUAAAAGAUUUAUUUUUAGUUGUG